AUGUCCAAGGCCUUGUCAAACUUUGCUCAACUGGCGCAAAGUAUUAAAAAUGGGCCAGCCAAAUUUACAGGCACUGCGUCUGAAGGCAGCCGCCUCAUCCCGUCAAGAACCAAGGACGAGCAAUUCCAAUUCCGAGUCGAUGCGGGCCACUACGACGGCACCACUAAACACCUCCAUGUCAACUUGCAGGUCAAUUCUCAAGCCAAGAGCCCUGCACUGAAAGAUUGGGUCAAAAAAAACACAACUCAUGAAAAACUUGCGACGGCGACUUUUGAUACGACCGCUGAGGACAAGAAUGCGGAAUAUGCUCGGGUGGUGAACGAGUUAGUGCGAAUUGGUAAACAGAAGCUUGGAUAA